UUGAUAUCUGACUUCCACCUCUGCAGGCACGAUGCUGGCCUCAGGCUUACUUCUCGUGUCUUUCCUGGCCUUCCUGAGUGUAAUCAUUCUGAUAUCUAUCUGGAAACAGAGAAAGCUCCAAGGGAAACUGCCUCCUGGACCCACACCACUACCCUUCAUUGGAAACUACCUGCAGUUGGACCCAGAGCAUAUGUACAACUCCAUCAUGAAGAUCAGAGAGCGUUAUGGCCCAGUGUUCACCAUCCAUAUGGGUACCCGUCGGAUCGUGGUGCUGUGUGGAUAUGAUGCAGUCAAGGAAGCUCUGGUGGAUCAAGCUGAGGAAUUCAGUGGGCGAGGCGAGCAGGCCACCUUUGACUGGCUCUUCAAAGGCUACGGUGUGGUCUCCAGCUCUUGGGACCGUGCCAAACAUCUCCGGCGCUUCUCCAUCACCACACUAAGAGACUUCGGUGUGGGAAAGCGUGGCAUUGAAGAACGAAUCCAAGAAGAGGCAGGAUUUCUUCUUGAGUCCUUCAGAGAAACAAAGGGUACUUUCAUAGAUCCCACCUUCUACCUGAGCCAAGCAGUCUCCAAUGUCAUUAACUCCAUUGUCUUUGGGGACCGCUUUGAUUAUGAAGACAAAGAGUUCCUGUCACUGUUGCGCAUGAUGCUGGGAAGCUUCCAGUUCACAGCUACUUACAUCGGCCAGCUCUAUGAGAUGUUCUAUCCCGUAAUGAAGCACUUGCCAGGACCACAGCAACAGGCUUUUAAGGAGCUGAAGGGGCUAGAGAACUUCAUAAUCAAAAAGGUGGAGGAAAACCAGCGCACACUGGAUCCCAAUUCUCCACGAAACUUCAUUGACUCCUUUCUCAUCCACAGGCAGAAGGAGAAUAACUCCAACACAGAGUUCCACAUGAAGAAUCUAGUUAUGACCACGCUAAAUCUCUUCUUUGCUGGCACAGAGACAGUUAGCACAACAUUGCGCUAUGGUUUCUUGUUACUCAUGAAGCACCCAGAUGUGGAAGCCAAGAUCCAUGAAGAGAUUGACCAGGUGAUUGGCAGAAAUCGACAUCCUAUGUUUGAAGACAAGGCCAAGAUGCCAUACACAGACGCAGUGAUUCAUGAAAUCCAAAGAUUUGGAGACAUGAUUCCCAUGGGAGUGGCUCGCAGGGUCACCAGGGACACCAAGUUUCGAGAUUUCCUGCUCCCCAAGGACACUGAAGUGUUCCCUAUCCUGGGCUCUGUGCUGAGAGACCCCAAGUUCUUCUCUAACCCUGGAGAUUUCAACCCUCAGAACUUCCUUGAUGAGAAGGGGCAGUUUAAGAAGAAUGAUGCUUUUGUGCCUUUUUCAUCAGGAAAGCGGUACUGUUUUGGAGAAGGCCUGGCUAAAAUGGAGCUCUUUCUCUUCCUCACCACCAUCAUGCAGAACUUCCGCUUCCAGUCCCUGCAGAUGCCUCAGGACAUUGACAUUUCCCCCAAAUAUGUGGGCUUUGCCACCAUCCCUCGGAACUACACCAUGAGCUUUGUGCCCCGCUGAUUUAGGGCUUUUCCACGGGUAGGAGAAAUGGAGGGGCAAGGGAAAUGUUGAUCUGGGGAUUGGGUGAGUGAGUUGGAAGUAAGAGGGCUCAUGGAAAGGAAGUUGUGAAGGGAAAGGAAGAAACAUAGGGGAUAAAAGUGGGAAAAUAAACAAAACAGAUUGCUCAUUUUCCUAAAGAUGUGAUACUGCUAAAGGUGUAUAAAAAUAAAGAUGUGUAUGUAUCAAUUA